AUGCCACCCAAAGCGAGCGGACAAGCCGUCAAGAAGGCCGGCAAGGCCCAGAAGAACAUCACCAAGGGCGUCAAGAAGAAGAAGCGCAGGAGGGAGGAGAGUUACGCGAUCUACAUUUACAAGGUACUGAAACAGGUCCACCCUGACACCGGUGUUUCCAGCAAGGCCAUGUCCAUCAUGAACAGCUUCGUGAACGACAUAUUCAAGCGCAUAGCCGCCGAAGCCUCUCGCCUGGCACACUACAACAAGCGGUCGACUAUCACGUCACGGGAGAUCCAGACCGCCGUCAGGCUCCUGUUGCCCGACGAGUUGGCCAAGCACGCCGUGAGUGAAGGUACCAAGGCCGUGACCAAAAACACCAGCUCCAAGUAA